AUGUCAUGGAAAGAAGCUAUUGAUAAUUCUUUUCAUGAACGAUACCAAAGUCUUAUAAUAUUAUUGUCAAUUUAUUUAAUAUCACUAUUUAAUUCAGCCAAAUAUGAACGUUGUUCUUCAAUAGCCAAUCGAAUACAAACAAAUGGACAUUCACGAAUAAUGAUUGAAAUACUUGAUGUAUUAAUGAAUGUCCGAUCACCAUUUCCUGAUGAUUUACGAGGUAAUUGUUGUCGGGAAAUAAUUGAAAAAGCUUAUGACACAUGGAAUGGUAAAGAUGAAAAUCGUCCAAUUAACAGAACAAAAUUAUUACUUAAUAUACCUGAUGAUUACGUAUCGUCAAGAUAA